AUGAAGCUCUCCGACGUAGACCGCGACCCUUCGGAGAUUUUCCGGAAGACCACCUUGCUCGAAUUUCCCGCUACGUCCCAGAAGGCGUUAGAAUUAAUGCUGAUCCGUACCUUCGGCAUCCCUUCUGCCGCCGCGGUUUUCCACAAGAGCCGAUCGUUCGUCCACGCGGGCAAGAGGUACGACGACACCGACCUGCUGCUGAAGGAAUAUUUCGAGAACCACACGGAGUCGAACCGCGCGAAUACCGCGGUAGCCCGCGUGAACGCCAUACACGAAGUGUUCUCCAGCCAGAUCAGCAACGCGGACAUACUCUACUCGCUCGCCUUGUUCGCAACGCUGCCAGCUAUCUUGAUCGAUAGGCUGGAGUGGAGGCGCUGUACCGACAUCGAGAAGGCUGCCUUCCUGGCGUACUACCAGAUCUACGGAGAACGCCUUGGCAUCAAGGGGGCCAGGGAAUGGAAGAUCUGGGACGACGCCCAUGCUCACGCGCAGGCCUACGAGGCGGAAUACUUUCAACGUUCAGACGGCGUCGAGGAGCUCGUCAACCAGAACAUGGACCUGCUACUCUCAUCCGUCCCGUCGUUCCUGAAGCCGCUCGGCCGGAAGGCGGUGUGCGUGUUGCUGGACCCUCCCCUGUUAGAGGUCCUCGGCUUGUCGGAGGUCGUGGUGCUACCACACGAGACGGUAUCCUGUCCAAACUCAUUGCAUCUAUCUCUUAAACCAUGAACUUUUGACCUUACUCUAUGAACGGACGAUGAGGGCGUUUCCUAUCCCCUUCAAGUAUCCCUGACUUUGUACGCGUGUCACGUGAGAGGGAGGGAGCAAUCACCGCAAAACGUGCAGUUGCUUUGGCAUCCUCAAAAGAAGGGUCGGUCGAAGACCGACAGGAAAAUCAGCGGCUAGCGUUGGUCUUAAUUUAUCAAAGAGAUGUGAUUGAAUUAUUUUUUCGCGGCACAAGACGCUAACCACGAACUACAGCAUUCGAGAUUUUUUUCUAGGACAAGCGCGGUGCAAAGGAAGGAGAACCCGUGGUAGACGUGCCAGUCUUUGCCCCUUGUCCUUGAUUUUGUUGGGAGGGUAGAAGCCCUAGUACAACACAAACCCGAGUUGACGUUAGAACCGCAAAGUGGUACACCGAUACGGCAACAAUCGUGUCGGCUAGAGUGAAUCCCUGUGGUGUGGCCGUACCCUCGACGCCACCCUCUUGCGACGUGUGCCAUUCCGGAGUCUACGUUUUGACGAACCCGGGAUGAAAAAUGAGUUCCUCCACCCCGCUCCGACAUGCUCUGAACAAAACAGGCUUCUCUCCUCCUCAAGUGGUUCGCCAAUGCAGCGAUCAAGCUCCGAGCCAUGGUUCUCCUCUACCUCGUCCCUCCCCGCUUCUUCCCGGCACGCCGCACUCCCGCCAGUCGUCUCGGUGGUGUGCCAUCGCGGUGCUUUGCCUCGAACGCUGGGGGCGUAAAGUCUGCCGACAUCCCAGGCAAGUCGAGACCCUUCUUUUUCUACAAGGGUAGGAGUUCAUUUCUUCCGAGAACAAUCCACCUGCCGACAUCUCAGGCAAAUUCGAUAACCUUCUUUUUCUAUGGUAGGAGUUGAUUUCUUCAAAGAAUAACCCACCUUUCCCUAUCGACGAAGGAUUUAUUAUACACCCGCGGGACAAAAUGCCCCACUCACGCGCAGACUCCUUCGCACAACGGGGCACACUUCUCGACAAUUUCGUUGUCGUACACAUGGCAUUAAUUUGAUAGCUCUACAUCCGUCCCGCCUUGUGGGUUGCGCGACCAACGCGACAGAGGAUGCUGACGUCGUGCGGGUGCCCCAAUUCUCCCAGUUCCACGACGCCAAGCAAGGUUG